UCUAUAUAACACUGAAACCCCUAAUCUUCCUAACCCUCUUUAAACAAAUUUUCCUUCUUUCCCUUUAACUUUUAAGUUAAAAUAGCCAGAGUUUAGUGUAUCUAGCUGUCUUUAAUUGAAAUUUUUGUAUAGUUUAACGAAUGAUUUUAGGUUGAAGUGGUGUUUAGACUAGUUUACAUGUGUAUAUAUCGACUGUCUUAUCGAUAUAUACCUACUAUUUUAUCGACAUAGACUUAUUAUUUUCUACCAGCAUAAGUAUAUCGAUAUGAAAGAGAGUGGUGGUAGAAAACAAGGUGCAACUUCUCCAUGUGCAGCUUGUAAGUUGUUAAGAAGAAGAUGUACACAAGAUUGUGUUUUUUCACCUUAUUUUCCAAGUGAUGAACCACACAAAUUUGCAAGUGUUCAUAAAGUUUUUGGAGCUAGCAAUGUCAAUAAGAUGCUUCAGGAAUUGCCAGAAUAUCAAAGAGGAGAUGCAGUGAGUUCAAUGGUGUAUGAGGCAAAUGCAAGAAUGAAAGAUCCAAUUUAUGGUUGUGUUGGAACUAUUUCAUCUUUACAACACCAAAUUGAAUUUCUCCAAAAACAAUUAGCAAUUGCACAAGCUGAGAUUGUCCAUAUGAAGAUGCAACAACCCUCAUCCAUGUAUCGUGGCGGCGGCGGCACGGUCGCGAACUCACCAGGGGCCGUGUCGCCGCCCAUACACAUGCAAUCAGAGGCACAUUCAGAAUUUGAAGCUUGUGACUUCUUAUAAUGACCUAAAAUUAAUAUAUUAUAGUUCACACUCAUAUAACAUAUAGUACUACUACAUAAAAAGGUUUGAACUUUCUUUUUUUAAAUUCACCCUUUCUCCGACCAAUUAAAAUACAACCGUCACAAUCUACUUUGAUUCAAAAGCUAGAUCCACCUCUGCAUGCAAUCAUUCACUAUCAUAUCACUUUUUACAAUAGAUAUGAUCAUAGUACGAGCCAAUAUAGAGGUGUCAUUGUAGUCGUAUUAAUUAAUUAGAGUCGAUUUCAGAAUUUUUAAUUCGAUCUUUUCGUAAGAAUAUUAGUACAUCUAUUACUUAUUUUUUCCUUGUAAUAGAUGAGCUAUAUACUUUGUAUCAAAUCCAUGUACUUUUAAGAUUGUUCUAAUUAAUUAUAUAUAUGGAUAUAUAUAUAUA